AUGGGGUCUGGCUGCCUGAAAGUCACCAAGUACUUCCUCUUCCUCUUCAACCUCCUCUUCCUCCUCCUGGGCGCCGUGAUCCUGGGCUUUGGAAUAUGGAUCCUGGCCGACAAGACCAGCUUCAUCGCCGUGCUGCAGAUGUCAUCUCCCUCCCUGAAGGCUGCUGCUUACGUCCUCAUUGGUGUUGGGGCUCUCACCAUGCUGAUGGGCUUCCUGGGCUGCCUGGGGGCAGUCAAUGAGAUCCGGUGUCUCCUGGGCCUGUACUUCACCUGCCUGAUGCUAAUCCUCAUAACCCAGGUUGCUGCUGGACUGGUCAUCUACUUCCAGAAAGAAAGACUGAAAGGAGAGUUGUCCCGCAUCGUUGGAGACCUGAUUGAAAACUACAACCCUGAGGAUGAGGAUGAGAGGAACCUCCGGGGCACGUGGGACUACGUGCAGAAACAG